AGCAACCCUUGGUGUCCCUUCCGGUUUAGGUGCACAGGGAAAGAGAGAAGGGUUUGGAGAAAAAUAUUUUUAAACUGGAGAAUUCAAAAUGUCCACUUUGUUUUUCAAGAAAGUUUUAAGUGUGAUGAGGCUGAAAUAGAGAGAGGCGAAAUGAGAGAAGAGCACCUGUGUUGUUCCAGCAGGUCUGACUGCACUGGGGCACAGGGAGCCCUGUUUUCCCUCUGGGCUCCCCAGUGUUCAGGCUGACAACAAUGCUGAAGAUAAGGCAGUAGCUCAACAGUACAAACCCGAACUCAAAAUGUUUAGCCAAGUUCAGGAAGAACUUUGCCCUCUCUGGAAGAGAAGUAAUUUUGAAGGGAUAAAAAAAAACCAAAAACAAUGGGAUUGACUCAAAGAAAUUAGUCCCAGUUUGUCAAUGUCUUCUUUGAACAGCUCACAAUGCCCAGAGUGAAGAAAUGUUCAACAGCAGCUCCAUCAGCCACUUCCUCCUGCUGGCAUUGGCAGACACACGGCAGCUGCAGCUCCUGCACUUCUGCCUCUUGCUGGGCAUCUCCCUGGCUGCCCUCCUGGCCAACGGCCUCAUCAUCAGCACCAUAGCCUGCGGCCACCACCUGCACACGCCCAUGUUCCUCUUCCUGCUCAACCUGGCCCUCAGCGACCUGGGCUCCAUCUGCACCACUGUCCCCAAAGCCAUGCACAAUUCCCUCUGGCACACCAUAACCAUCUCCUACACAGGAUGUGCUGCACAGCUAUUUCUGUUUGUAUUUUUCAUUUCAGCAGAGUUUUCCCUUCUCACUGUCAUGUGCUACGACCGCUACGUGUCCAUCUGCAAACCCCUGCACUACGGGACCCUCCUGGGCAGCAGAGCUUGUGCCCACAUGGCAGCAGCUGCCUGGGCCAGUGCCUUUCUCAAUGCUCUGCUGCACACGGCCAAUACAUUUUCUCUGCCCCUGUGCCAGGGCAAUGCCCUGGGCCAGUUCUUCUGUGAAAUCCCUCAGAUCCUCAAGCUUUCCUGCUCACACUCCAACUUCAGGAAACUUGGGCUCAUUGUGGUUAGUGCUUUUCUGUUAGUUGGUUGUUUUGUGUUCAUUGUUUUCUCCUAUGUGCAGAUCUUCAGGGCUGUGCUGAGGAUCCCCUCUGAGCAGGGACGGCACAAAGCCUUUUCCACCUGCCUCCCUCACCUGGCUGUGGUCUCCCUCUUUGUCAGCACUGAUAUAUUUGCUUACCUGAAGCCCCCCUCCAUUUCCUCCCCAUCCCUGGAUCUGGCAGUGUCAGUUCUGUACUCGGUGGUGCCUCCAGCCCUGAACCCCCUCAUCUAUAGCCUGAGGAACCAGGAGCUCAAGGAUGGAAUGAGAAAAAUGAUGACUGGAUGCUUUUCAGAAUGAA